AGAAGUAGGUUGAGCAACGCAAAGGAACAACCUAGGCCUCCCUUCACAAGUCCCUCUCUUCCUCCCUCCCUUCACAAGUCCCUCCCUCCGUCGUCGCUUGUUUUGGAGAAAGACAGAGCCAACGGAGACUAUACAAGGACGACGGAAUCAGCUAGAGAAGCAGGCUAUAGCUUAAUUAUAUGGAAAUGGAACAAAGGAGGCAGCUGCAGAACCACAAAGGUGAGGCCAUGAACACGUCUGAAAUGGGCAAAGAAGACAUCACUCUUGAUUGGAGAGGCAGACCUUCCAAUCCUACCAAGCAUGGUGGGAUGAGAGCUGCUGCAUUUGUUCUUGGACUUCAAUCAUUUGAGAUAAUGGGAAUUGCAGCAGUUGGGAACAACCUCAUAACAUACGUGAUAAAUGAGAUGCACUUUUCUCUAUCAAAAUCCGCCAACAUAGUGACAAACUUUAUUGGAACUGUCUUUCUCUUGGCCCUUGUUGGUGGCUACCUCUCUGAUUCUUAUCUUGGGAGUUUCUGGACCAUGCUUAUCUUUGGCUUUGUCGAACUUUCGGGUUUCAUAUUACUCUCAGUCCAAGCUCAUGUUCCCCAGCUGAAGCCACCCCCAUGCAAUAACAUAGCUGCUGCUGAUAAUGGAGAAGAGUGUAUAGAAGCAAAAGGCUUCAAGUCAUUAAUCUUCUUUGUAGCACUUUACUUGGUGGCAUUAGGGAGUGGAUGUGUGAAGCCCAACAUGAUUGCUCAUGGGGCUGACCAGUUCAACCCAGAAAGCCCCAAGCAAUCCAAGAAACUCUCCACCUACUUCAAUGCUGCCUAUUUUGCAUUUUCUAUGGGUGAACUCAUUGCCCUCACCCUUCUUGUUUGGGUCCAAACUCAUUCUGGCAUGGAUGUUGGCUUUGGAGUCUCAGCAGCUGCCAUGGCAAUGGGAUUGAUAAGCUUGGUUUCUGGUACCUUAUAUUACAGGAACAAGCCCCCUCAAGGAAGCAUUUUCACCCCCAUUGCUCAAGUUUUUGUGGCUGCAAUUCUAAAGAGAAAGCAGCUUUGUCCAUCCAAUCCACAGUUGCUUCAUGGAAGCCAAAACAAUGUGCCAAAUGACACUACCACUUUCUCUUCUGACGCUGGCAGUUUUCUUCACGCUGAAAAGUUCAGGUUCUUGGACAAGGCCUGCAUUAAAAUGCAAGAUGGCACUAAUACAAAGGAAAGCCCAUGGAGAUUGUGCACCGUCACUCAAGUGAAGCAAGUGAAAAUACUGCUUUCAGUUAUCCCAAUUUUUGCUUCCACCAUAGUUUUCAAUACCAUUUUGGCUCAGCUUCAAACUUUCUCAGUCCAACAAGGAAGUAUGAUGGACACCAAACUCACCAAAUCCUUCCAUAUCCCACCGGCCUCACUCCAAUCCAUCCCUUACAUCAUGCUCAUUGUCGUUGUCCCUCUCUACGACACUUUCUUUGUCCCUUUCGCUCGAAAAUUCACCGGUCACGAUUCAGGAAUCUCCCCAUUAAAGAGGAUAGGAUUUGGGCUCUUUUUGGCAACCUUUUCAAUGAUUGCAGCUGCCAUCAUGGAGGAGAAGAGAAGAGAUGCAGCAGUGAAUUCAAACAAAAUCUUGUCCAUUUUUUGGAUCACCCCACAGUUCUUGAUCUUUGGAUUAUCAGAAAUGUUCACAGCUGUAGGCCUUAUUGAGUUCUUUUACAAGCAAUCCUUGAAAGGGAUGCAAGCAUUUUUAACUGCAGUGACUUAUUGCUCAUAUUCAUUCGGAUUUUAUCUAAGCUCCCUCCUGGUGUCUCUGGUGAACAAGAUCACCUCCUCAUCAGGUUCUUCAGGUGGUGGUGGUUGGCUUGGUGACAAUAAUCUCAACAAGGACAGAUUAGACCUUUUCUAUUGGUUGUUGGCAGGCCUUAGCUUCCUCAACUUCCUCAAUUAUCUGUUUUGGUCUAAUUGGUACUCUCAUAAACCAUCUUCAUCAGCAUCAAGUGCGCCCGGGAAUGAGACUCCCAUGGAGGAUUAUAACCAUUAUAGAUUGGAUGAUAAUAAUAUACCAUAAAGUUAUAAUUUGUAAUCUAUAUAUGUAACGUUACACUUCAUUUUAUCUAGGGGGUAGGUCAUCUUGUAAUUUAAUAAUAUAUGUAUGUAACUAUGAAUGAAGGCAAUAAAAAAUAGGGUUCGAAUGA